AUGCCGCUUCACUUCUUUCGCACAACUCGUCGUUCGAAAAAUGUGGUCUACAUCCGCCAGGAUCCAAGACGCAUCCUGUCGGUGAACCAGUCUCUGAUUCGUCAGAGAUUUCGGUUCACCGAUGACCAACUGGACUGGAUCACUGAGCUUUGGAUCCGUUCUUGGGCUCUCAUGGCAGUGGAACUAACGCGUCGAAGCCAGUGUGAACCUCCCCCUCUGGUACUGAUUCGCACACCCGCACCAACAACAGAAGGUCGGGUGUGCAUAGGUGGCUUCGCUUAUCUAUGCCACCACAAUGCAUAUCCAUAUUGCUCUCUCAGUGACACCGGCGGCUGCUGUCAGAAGACGGUGUCAAAUAUAAUAAGGCGUGUCGUGGAUGCACUGAAUUUUAAAACCGGAUUUGAGCCAGUUGCUGUCCCGGCGAAGAUUCGAAUGAGUUCGCAAGGACAGGAAAGAUGUCCAGUGGGUCGAAUCCUGUACGUCAACACCGGGUCCCCAGGAUCAGUGCACGACGCUACCGUUUGGCGUAACUCCUCUCCUGCAGCAGUGUUUAACAGUGGAGGAGCUGUAGGAGGUUAUCGCCUUCUCGGCGAUUCGGGGUACGCCAACGGUAGCGGAAUAAUUACGCCAUUCCGCCCCACUGCCAUUCGAGGUGACGCGAGGAAAACGCGAUAUAACCGUGAACAUUGUCGCAUGCGGGCGAUCGUGGAGAUGACCAUAGGUCGUCUGAAAUCGCGUUUCCCCAUCCUCUCGUCGGAACUGAGGGUGGGGCCUCAACAAGCGUCGAAAAUUGUGCUGGCAUGCGCAGUGUUGCACAACAUUAGCUUGUGCCUUAACGCGUGUGGUAUACGACAGCUUGGAAGGAGGAAGGCCACCAUGGUGCAUCCGCGUGAUGAUGUUGAAGACGUCCGAGCCUACAUUGUAGAGAGACUAUAG